AUGGGAUAUGUUAUCUUAGGUGCAGACUGGACAGAGUCAACUUGCGUCGCUAGUCAUAAACCAGAAGUGACUUGGUGUGGGGUGUUGAAGCAAGAAGUGAUUUAUCAGCAUUACUAUCUACUACUUGAUGACAGAUAUAAGGGGGAAGGGCAAAGGGACCCUACCAGAGGUGCUAUGGAUCCAGUUUCAAAUCCACAACCUGGUGAGGAGAGUUUCCUACUGCUUCUAAUCGGAAGGACAAACAAGUUCCUGAAACUACAAGUGAAGGAUCAAGGGGAGGGUGAGGUUGCACCAAAGCCAAUGUAUGCGGCAGUUACAAGGAUUGCAGAACAACUGGCUCAAUUUUUCAAAUGGUAUGCGGGCCAGCUGCAAGUACUCCCCAAUACAGAGACCAGAUCCAGGGAGUACCUUGUUUGA